AUGGCGACCAAUGAAGCAUACGCGAAUCGAACAUCGGAGACUCUUCGUGACGUAGUGGCCGACAUCAUCUUUCUGCUCAAACAAGCCGGUCAGACAGUGGCAGUGGCCGAGUCGCUCACGGCAGGCAGUGUCAUGGCUGCCAUCACCUCGGUCGGCGGCGCGAGCUCAGUCUUCCGCGGCGGCGUCGUAUCCUAUGCAACGGACCUCAAGCGACGACUCCUCAAUGUCGAUGGCAGCCUAAUUGACCGGGAAGGAGUGAUUCAUGGUGAAGUCGCGAGACAAAUGGCCAUUGGUGCACGCAAAAUUGCGACCACGGACACCGCGCAGCCCACAUCUUGGGGUGUCAGCACCACAGGUGUCGCUGGUCCCGAUUUGCAGGAUGGCAAGGCGGUUGGGACUGUGUUUAUUGGCAUCGCCUCGCAACACCAGACUUGGGCUCUUGGUCCAUUCAACUUUCCAGGUGAUCGGGAACAGAUCCGUCAAGCCACGGUUCUCGAAGCGCUUAGUCAACUCAGAGAGCUUCUUCGCACGCAGCGCGCCGAUGUGCAGCUUUAG